GUCAAAAUUUUAUAUCUUGAGUUGUAUUUUUAGGUUAUGUUACAUCGCACCAUCCAUUGACUUGCAGAGAUAUCGGGACCAACAAUUCCCAAUUCAAUAGCUACAAAAUGUUAAAUGUCGCGGGAAGACGAAUACCGUAUCUGAUAGGUAUACAUUUACCGUUUUGGCAGUAUGAUAUACCCGAUAAAACUGUACAAACUGCCAAAUCAUUUAACUCUGAUGCGAAAGAAAAUGAAACCGGCUGGGAUAGGUUAAGAAACAUGUACAGUCUCGACGAGUAUGGAAACCGAAGUCCUGAAAUGCACUUCGCUGUACAAGCAACAUUUUUUGGAACGUUUGUUGGACUCGUAUAUGGAGGCUCACUGAAUUCACGUAUGGCGUAUAUAAAUUUCAUGGAGAGAAAUCAGGCGACAGCAUUCACAAACAUAUUCGAGGCGAAAAGAAAAUUGCAAGAUACUGUUACAAUCAGUUUUGCCAAGGGUGCUUAUCACUGGGCAUGGAGAAUCGCCUUUUUCACUGGCUCUUAUGUAUUACUGACAACGUCGAUCGCAGUUUAUCGUGGCAAGUCAUCUUUUUUAGAAUAUGUAACUGCGGGUACUAUAACUGGAGCGAUGUAUAAAACAAUGUUGGGUCCGAGAGCAAUGCUUGUUGGCGGAGCUGUGGGAGGAGUUUUCGGCGGUGUAGCUGGUGCAUUGUCUUUAGCAUUGUUAAAAAUAAGUGGUACGACGAUGGAGGAAAUCCGAUACUGGCAAUACAAUUGGAAGAAGAGCAGAGACAAGCGUAUUCAGGAUUCUAAAAGUCACGUUAUCCAGCAGCCAACAGACAUGGAAAUGUUGCAUGACAAAAAAGUGGAAAGUCUAGAGGUGCAAGAGCAAGAGGUUAAGAAUAAUAAAGCAUAGUCACUCAAUUUAGGUAGGUCUAUUUCCAUUGGUCUUGUAGAUAUUAGACUUUAUUCGUUGUUAUACAUAAUUAUAAUUUAUUUUAAAUUGUUCAGAGAACAAUUAUAAUUUAAUUAAUAAUUUCUAAUAAUAAUAUGUGGUUUUUUCUGUUUCUUUAAAGUACAUUAUAUGUAUAUAACUCAUGCAGACUUAAUUCACUAGUACCUAAGGCAACGGCACAUUUUUAUGAUCGCUAAAAUUGUAUAUGAGUACGUUUAAGAAAAUGGGUGUCGAUCAUGUGCGAAUUAUAUUUCUUUACGUUAUUUUCAACAUUAGUUACACCUGUCUAACCCAAUACUUGAAAAAUUUGUUAUAUUAUAACAUGUUAAAUUCUCAAUCCUUCAAGUUGAUGCAAUUUCCUGCAAGUGAUUAAAUUAUGAUACCUUGGAUAACACAAUUUUUAUAUAAUGAUUAUAAAAAUCGCUAAUCUUAUUCUCUAUCACUGCAAUAAACUAUAUACCGAUUGUGCCAAUAAAAUACAUAAUCAAAUUUGAGCAAUCGCUGAAAAAUGUCUACUGAUCCCUCUAAUCGAAUAAUUUGAAUGUAAAAUUCUGAUCUACAGCAGCAUGCAUGUUCACAAUGAAACGAAAAUAUUCUCGAUAGAACACUGGUCAUAAUUCGCAAACAUUGAGAGAUAUUCCUAAUUCGAUAUUUUAUAAGCCCUAUUCUGCAGGCAAGUAUUAAUACUGAAAAUUUCCAUGCUCAAUACUAAACAUAAGUUCUGAUGGAAAUUCGAAGCAGCUGUUUAUUGCAUAGUUUUGAAGUUAGCAAAGUCGUUGCCGUGUAUGCAAUAAAUACUACAUAUGCUCACAGAAUAGGCCUGAUAAUCAACGACAUAUACGAUAUGCAAAUUAGAAAUGUAUAGAAAAAAAAAGUUUUUCUCUAGUCAACUUAAUUCGAUCAAUAUUUCAUUGUACACUAUGAAACGAAAACCGAAUUUUCCCAUUUGGAUGAAUAAUAAACGAGAAAUGUACUAGAAGUGAAUAAAAGCACUGAAUUUGACAGUCAAAAUUAAGCAAAGAGUAAUGUUGCGGAAUAAAUAGUAAUAAAGCGUUGGGCAGUUUACUAAAAUCUUACAGCCUGCUUGACUUUGUUAUUGUCCUAAUUGUAUAAUUCAUCAGAGUUUUAUAUUAAGUUUCUUGUUCUGCAGUUUCUGGAGUUUGAAUCUUGGUCAAACGUUUAGCACCUCUGUUUGGCGGACCUUUGGGUUUGGCAAACUUAGGUCGGUGCAAAUUGACUUUCGGAUGUAAUUCCUCUUGCAAAAAUUCCAUGGUUAGUUCCUUUCCAUCAUCAAUCUCAAGCUACAGACCGAAAAAUUUUGCAUAAACAGAAUUAAAUUUCUACAAUUUUCAGUAACAAGAAAUAGAGAUACUUGGACGUUUCAAGCUCAAAUUAUCAUCCAAAUGUUACGAUUGGAUAUAAAUAAUUUACAAUAAAAAAUCAGGGUAUUCCAAUGUCAGGCCUAUACUGUAAGCUUAUAAAAUAUAAUUACUAAAUAUUAAACGCUAUUACGUACCCGUACGAUGAUGUUAUCACCCUGGUAUUCAUUCCCACCUAUUGAAUUUUAUUUGUCUAUUUUCAUUUAUAAUAUAAGUAUAUAGCAAAACAAAAUUAUUGAAAGAACUGUGGAUUACAGUAAGAUAUUGACAAAAGCAGGAAAUAUUCUUUUUAAAUUGUAUAAUUGUGUUUAUUAUUCAUAAUAUAUUUAAUAUUGGCAAGAAUAUACAAUUUAUUUGUUCAUAAGAAGGAACCUAUAAUGUUUUUAACAAAAUUUUCUUUAUAAAUAAUCAAUCAAUACAAUGAACGCAUAUUACAGAAUAGGCCUGGCCUGGAACAGUGGUACUUAUAAACAUAAUUUGCGCCUGGGCGAACGUGUGCGUCUCCCCCUUAUGCAUAUAUCGGAACACAAUUUGAAAUUUUGAGCGUCGUAUAGAAAACCA